AUGUUUGCCACCAAGGCCCUCCGUCAGGCAGCUGCCCACGCCGAGCGUGUCCCUUCCAUCCGGUUCAUUGGAAAGCGCUCCAUUCCCGCUUCCGUUGACCACAGCCCCCGGCCUCACCCGGCCAGCCCCAGCGGCUCUCUCCCCGCCGACUUCUCCUCCAGCUCCCACCACUCCUUCUCCGAGUACCGCCAGCGCUCCCAGCAGUACGGGCCCCUCCAGAAGACCUGGGCCCGCACCGCUGAGGGCGGCAUCGGCGGUGCCUCGGGCUCUGCUCUCCCCUCCAUCGAGCCCGCCAAGGGCUUCUUCUUCGACCGCGACGAGCUCCCCGCCCGCUUCCGCAGGUCCGUCUGGAGCGCCGAGGAGAUCGAGGCCAUCGAGAGCGGCGGCGCCUCUGCUUUCGCUUGA